AUGAAAAUAGAAAUAAAUGAAUUAAAAAAUAAACUAAAAAACUUAUGGGGAGAAGCAGUAACUGAAGUUGGUAAAGUUAUAAUACAGAAAGUAGAAGAUGUAUCAGAUGUUGCUGUUUCAUUUUUUGAUAUUUAUUCAUUAAUACAACAAUUUAAAAUAAAAGAUAUAUUAGAUUAUAUGUUAACACAAAAUAAAAUAACAAACAACUCACAACAAGGAGGUAAUGAUAAUCAUCCAACAAAUAAUACAAAUAAACAAAAUAAUUCAUCUAAAAUAUCUUUAUAUAAUAAUAAUACACCACUUGGAAGAACAAUAAAAACUAUAAACAUUACUCAAGAAUAA